AUGAUGAGGAUAUUCACUGACCGUUUGAUCAUACAAAUGGCAAUCAAGAAGGAAAUAGACCUCGGCGUAACAGCAUCUUAUCGUGACAUCAUCAGGCCCGGUCCAUGUGGCCCUGCAUGCUUUAGUUUCAAUCGUCUUCCAAGAAUGCAUCUAUCAAGUUCUUGUAUCGAGCAGCAGGGAGAUAAUGACGACCUACCAGAUAUCGAAGGGGCAAUGUUACUCUCAAGUGUGAGUAACACUGCUCUUGAGGGAACAACGAUACAUGCAGGAAAGCCGGUCAUGGACCGUCAACGUUUACAGUUCGUACGAAUGCCGAACUGCCAAUAA